AGUGAAAUAAAUAUUUUAUUUACAAUAUGCUCUCGCAGUUGCUAGAGGCUUUCCAGCGGCUGGUAAGUCAAUUAAAAAGUCAAUUUGUGUGGGUUCGCUGCUGGUUGCCAUUACCACAACAUUUCUACGGUUUCCGGCGGGAAACUGAGUCACGAACAAGGUUGCGUUUGCGGGUGAGGGAACGAUUGCGAAGGAAUCCCGCAGAACGGGCCAGUCACCAGCGGAAUCGGCGGACGACGCGCCGCCACCUGGUCAUGGACUACAUCUUCGAGUGCUUCUUCGACGACACCUUCGAGCAGAUCUCGCGGAACGGGCUGCAGGAUCGCCAGUCGCGGCGCGAUGUCCUCGAUCACCUAAGUUCGAUAAUCAAGGGCUGCAGCGAGGGACAGAACUCGCAGACGGAGGAGGUGGCCGCCAUCGCGGUGACGGCAGCCAUGAGAUUCCAUCGGAUGGCCAAGGAACAGAACGGAAAGGUCUGCCUCAUGGGCAAGUAUCACAACAUCCUUUAUAUCGGCCUGCGCACCUGCUGGGACUGGGGAGUUCGGGACUCGGAGGUGGUCGUUCAGCUGCUGGUGGCCAUUUAUGAGUGCGAGAAAACAUACGAGCGGAUUUUUCUGGGCGCCUUGUUCGGACCACAUGCUCCGCACUUCAUCGCCGGCUGGCGCAGUGACUUCCAGGAUCAGCACGAAAAUGUCCGGGCGAUGGUUUACUUUUUGAAGCACGCCACACGCGAGCAGCUCACAUUGCCCGUCUGGAUUCCGCGCUUCGAACAGGAGCGACAGCUCAGAUUCAUUGAUGUCCCCAUUGAGUCCUGCGGAAAGUCCUCGCCGCUUCGUAUCGCCUUGCAGGCAAACGCUCCCGAAUUGCUGCUCAUACUGCUGAGAUAUGGUGCCGCACCACAGCCGCCGGACGGUGGCGCCUCCGUAAUUAUCGCGCUGCUCGACAAACUCAUCGAGGAUGGCCGCAACUACAGCUUCGAACUGGUCAUGUGCCUCAAGAUUCUGUUGCGAAAUGUGGCCAUGAUUGAGAUGCCCUUCAAGCCCCUUUUAUACGCCUCCCGAAGAGAGAUGUUUUUCGAUCGCUAUGGCCGCCUGUUGAUGGACAGGAUUAUUGGCAAGGAGCAGGUCUACGGAGUGCCUAGUCUGCGUCAUUUAUGCCGCUGCUGCAUUCGCGAUGUCCUGCGGGAGCACAAUCAACUGCCCAAUGGCAUCGACACGUUGAGGCUGCCGAAGCGCCUGCAACGCUACAUCGAUCUUACGGAGGAGCUGGAAGGACCUGAGGCCCAGGAGGAGGAGGGAGAUAAGGAGGCUAAGGACUCGCAGAGAAUAAAACCCAAGCUGGGGAAUGAGGUGCCCCGCAUGGAGACCAUCAGCAGUGCGGAGGAGGAAAGUGAGGAUGAGAGUGAGAAUCAUGUGCAGCUUCUGCAGGCUGUCACGGAUCCGGAAAAGGCAGCAUUGGCGGCCUUUCUGGAAUCGGGAAAUGGAGCCUAUACGGAGGAGGCCAAAAAGGCGGCAGUGGCCGCCUAUACAGCAGCCAGUCCCCCCGAUUUCGAUCCCGAUUUUCCGCCAAUUUCCCUGCCCGGAGAGCCCAGAUAGCCCAUAGAUCUAAACACUCACCGGUAGGUUUCCUCGCUGACAUUGAUGCGACCCGGAACUCCAGUGGUCUCCGUUCGGCUGGUGAGAUUGACUGUAUUUCCAAAUAGACAGUAACGCGGCACACGGUUGCCAAUCACUCCGGUCACCACCUCCCCCGAAUGAAUGCCUAUGGUGAUUUGCUGAAAAAGAGAAGAAACACGGACCAAAAACAAAGAAUUUAUAAUCUUAGAGUAAGAGAGUUUAUCUAGAAAAUAAAUAAGAAGAGCCUUGGCUGGGCUAAAUUUA